AUGUUCCCCGGCACGACAGCUGCCGACACACCAGGACGUCCGCUUUCCAUGCUACCGAAAAUAAUGGGAGCCAUGCUAGAAAAAACCACCGACCGGGAGUACAAUGCCAUGCAUCAUUCGCCCAAGGAGAAGAACCACAAAGACGAAUGGGAUCUAGAUAGAGAAGUGCUGCGCCUGGAUUCUCUGGGGAACUAUGUUCUCGUCAGCAUAUUGGCGGCAACAUCGUCCCGAGCUUCUCUGGACAACAACAACUGGGAAGAUCAUGCCGUCGCUUCCGGCUCGUUUCUGGAAAUCCUGCACACCACGCAAAUGUUGGUGUCCACCAUGUCCAUCUUUGCUGGCAUUUACGCCACCAUCAUGUUUUCGUUGUGCAUUCUCUACGGCAAGACGGCCCUGGGGAUGCAACGUGAUCGCGUUUACGACUAUCUUUUGGGUAAGACGUACAACGUUCGAGUACGGGCCUUUCAAGCAUUCCUCUCGUGCCUGUUUCUGUUUAUUGUGGAGAAUGGUCUCAUUGCCAUGGAGCGAGUCCCAGAAGAAAUCCGUCCUGUUGUGGGAGUUGCCUCAUUGGCGUUCAUUGCCUUUACGUCGUGGGAAGCGCACCAUAUCAUUUCGUAUGCCUCCUUGAUCUUUCGACCAGAGAAGGGUAGCACUACGUCCAGACGAGACGAUACUCAGGGGGCGGACUUGGAGGAGAUUGCAAGUGAGGAUGAGACCACCGCGAGGAUCAAGUCAGAGGAAGCAGCAGCAGAUGAGGUAGUCAUCUUUCAAGACGGCCGUCCUCUUCAGGAAGGCUCGGAAGUUGCAGAGUGCCACCAUUGUGCUCUCAAUGGUGCUCUCCACGGUGCUCGAAGCGGGAGCAAUGGACAUCCCUCUAUCAGAUCGCCCCCUUUGAAACCGUAG